CUCCUCCUCCUCCUCCUGGGGUUUUAAUUUCCCCCCCUUUAAAACGCUCCACUCUCUCUCUGUACAGUUUCCUCCCGUUCCACCACCACCCACCCCCUGCACCACUCUCUGCGGUUCUGUCCUUCCCGAUGGCGAACGAUUUCAUCAUCAUAGCCUCGUCAGCUGCUUACCGCUUCGACGGCGACUCCUCUCCGGCCAACCGCCCGACGGAGAGCUUCCCGAGAAUCGCCGCCGUAGCGCCGCCGGAAGUGGCCGUCGACGCCUCUUGCGAUGGAUUCUGCGGCGGCGGAGUCCGGGAGUGCCGGAUUUGCCAGGAAGAGGACGAGGAGAAGGACAUGGAAGCUCCUUGCGCCUGUAACGGCACUCUCAAGUUUGCUCACAGGAAGUGUAUCCAGAGAUGGUGCAACAAAAAAGGUGACAUCACUUGCGAAAUCUGUAAUCAGGUUUUCUCACCAAACUACACUCUCCCACCAGCAAGAAGCAAUCCUGAUGUUUUUGCUAUCGAUAUUGGCCAAGCUUGGGGUCCAGGUAUUGACUUUAGGGACCCACGUUUCCUAGCCUUUGCAAACGCCGAGCAUCAGCUUCUUCAAUCUGAGUAUGACCAUGACUACGCCACCAUUGCUAGUAGCAGCAGCCUCGCAUGCUUACGCUGUGUUGCUAUCAUUUUGAUGAUGCUCCUGUUGUUACACCAAAUUUUGAUAGUUGCCCGGGACUUCCAAAUGGUUAGAGAAUCGCCAUCUUCGUCAUUCCUCAAUUUCCAAAUAUCACUUCUUCAACUGGUUGGUUUUCUGCUUCCGUGCUAUGUGAUGACACGGUCAUGGUACAUUGUGCUAUGCCGAAGAAGAAGACAGGAUGAUUACUAGAGCAGGAGAUUCCAUUGGAGAAAGCAAUUCAGAUUCUCAUCACUUUCUCCGUGACCCGUUUCAUGGGAGGAAUCUUUUGUACAUCACUUUUCUUCUUCAUCGUCCGAAUAAUCAAUUUGCUUUAGUACUCUCGCGGACGUUUGAGAGCUUCCUUCUGCAGUUCCGAUAGAAUUUAGAUGAACUCAGAAGCAAAUGUAUAUAAUUGAGUUCUUAUUUAGUCUUGUAACUGCUUGCUUAGCUUAGAGUUUGUGCAUGUGUGAUUUAUGUACUUUGAGUCUGAGUUGCUAGCUAGUGUUGGUAUGAGUGCUUCUUUUGCUUGUGUUAAUAUAUUGUGUUUAUUUUGCUUGUGUUUUCGUGUUUGAGGCGGAAUUUCUUGAAAACCGUCUCCCGACUAUCAAGUAUGCAGCAUCAUCCAAUAUGCUUGAGGAAAAUGUUGAAUACUUCCCAUUGUGUGUUUAUUUUGAAUUUUGAAGUGUGUUGGAGUGCUUGAUCACCUAGGUGAGUGUUUG